AAUGGCAUGCUACGAAAAUAAAAACAGACGGUCACUUGUCAUGCUCAUAGUAGGAUGCGAUACAUAAGGUCAAGACUGCCUCGAUUACCGAUGUACAUUUUCAACAAGGACUUGAAUGAGUCAGUAAUGAUGAGGCAUUGUUGACGGCGACGCAACUUCGUUUCAGACUUUAAAUCGAGUUCAUCUUGGGAAGUGCGAUAUAUUUCACCCUUGAGAUGUUUUCAAUUGCAAAGACGAAUUUGAAAGCGGGUGUAGCGGGCUGAUUAAACGAUAUCAAUCUAAGCGGUUUGAGAGAAUUAAUGUAAAGGCGCGCUCUUGGAUGCUCCAGACUUCAGUUUGUUUUGGAACUUUCGAAACGAUGGCUGUCAACAGAUUCACACCGCCACUCGGAUGAACUAAGCGUCAUUAACGGCUAGAAAAACAUCAACCUAUUUGGGACAUUCCCCUUAAGUGUAACAGUUCGUUGGCAGGUUUCCAACAUUAAGACGGGUUUGCCUAAUUUCUCCCGCAUAGCUGUCAAGGAUCCCUCGAGACUGGCUGGCGUUGUCAGAUUGCUGCAGAAUUCAUUCACCCUAGCCAAGGUGCACAUGCCUAGAAAGACACGUCAUUCCAGCAAUUUGUAUCAUAUCCAUGUUCUUCUGGUUAUGAGUGGUUAACCCCUUUGGAAUAUCAUGGUGUCGAAUCUGAACAAAGCUCGGAAUUAUUAAUAUUCUUAGACUCGAGAAAACCGAACUAAGUGCUAAACUAGUUUGCGACAAUCUUUGUGUUUUUUCGUCAUGGAAGUAAGUACUGACGCAAGAAGCAGAGUCUUUAACUCACACGCAAACCUUACAAUUUUGGAAGAAGCAUGACAGCAAACGACUGUGUUUCAUGCUUAUCACUGAAUGCAGGGUGACCAAAAAAAGAAAAAUAGAAAACAGACUCUUCCUGACAUCUUUGAAGCUGAAGGAAAAUUUUUGAACCAAUGCGGAGAGGUUGCAGGAGUAAAACCUUUCAGGAUGAGGUUAUGUUUGAAAUUGAGAAUAUGGCGAUCAGCAGUUGGACGUUACCUCUAUCUUGGGCUGCUGGGAUUCGUCGUUAUGUUCGGAAUGAACAGAACUGGUGUAAGUUUUCGCCAGGAGAGAUCCUUGAGAUCAAUUACUGCUGUUGGAGGAGACCAAGGACGAUUCGUGAUCGUUUCGUCAGCUAACGCCAUGAUCGUGCAAAGAGGGAAUCGAGAAAGUCUCUCGGGUGAUGGUGAGGUUGAGAAGAAUAAUCAUGCAGGACGGCGACGUGAUAUGGCGGGAAUACCUCUAUUAAGUAGAGGAGAGGAACGUUUGAAUAACGAAAAGGAGCAUUCCUGGGAUACAUACAUGUACAAACACGGUAAUUAUUUGUUGGAACCAACCGAUCCACAUAUCUACACUCGGAUGAACACGCCCCGUAAUGUUUGCUUUGAUCAACAAGGAAGACCAUAUCGAGUGCCAAUGAUUGUAUUUGUGACAUCAGCUCUUGGUAAUUUAAAACGAAGAGACCAUAUCCGUGUGACCUACGGUAGCAACCAAGCCUGGGAAAUACUAAAUCAGACCCUCGUCAGGACAGUGUUUAUGCUGGGAACGACGAAUGAUCCGGUUCUGCAAUCCAAGAUCAAUGCCGAGGCUAGCAUCUAUGGCGAUAUUGUCCAGGAGGAUUUCAUUGAUAGUUACCUGAACCUGACGCGGAAGACGGUCAUGGGUUUGAAAUGGGUAACUGAGCAUUGUCGACAUGCAAAGUUUGCGAUGAAAAUCGACGACGAUACGAUGCUCAACAAGGCUCGCAUCCUGGAGUUCAUCCUUAAAGCGCCCUCUCGAGGGGUCGUCAUCGGCAACGUGAACCUGGACAUGCCGGUGGUCCGUAGCAGACAAGGAGAAUGGGGGAAAUACCGCAUCUCCAAAAACUUUUACCCGGCGUCGACGUACCCACCGUACCUCUCGGGUCCAGCGGUCAUCAUGUCCACAGAUCUGGUGGAGGCAACGUUCCGUGCCGCACUGACCACGCCCUUGUUCCCCUGGGAGGAUGUCUUCAUGGGCAUGUGUUUGAAGAAGAUUGGGGUCAGUCUCAUGCACGAUUACCAUUUCAUGUGCACCUCGACCACAGAGGAGUGUUACAGUGACAAGGAGUGGCCCAAGUACGCUGUCUUCAUUGACCUGCCUGCAGAGUAUAUGGUCCGAGUUUGGGUCGAGAGUAGUAUGUACGCCGAUAAGCAGCUGCCAAAUGUCGGGAAAUAAUAUUUUAUUUUUGCCAUUACUACACGGUUUACUAAAUGCUGCAUGUAUUGCUAAUAAGAUGACAUAAUAUCCUUGCCCAUGAAAUACAUAACGCAUUCAGUUUUGUUGAUGUGAUUUUUGUUUGAUAGUAAGUAACUUUGCAUACGCUUAUGCCUGUACGUAGCUGUCACAAAGUCAGUACAUAAUGUCGUGUUAUCUAAAGACCAUGGUACCAUAUCAAAAAUUAAAGUGAUUUUUUUUUAUAGUUAAUGUGAUAUAUCAAUCUACUAGAGUUGUCUGAUAUUAUAUGGAAUCUAAGUACAGACAGUGAGACCUCCCUGGCACAGAUCCAUGCAUUGUUACCCUCUCUGAUCCUAUCUUCGGUCUCCUUAACAUUUCAUCAGGGUCGAUUGCGGGUGUCUGUAAUCUCGCUGUCACUUGUUUAACCUCAGCCAGGCGUCAUUCGGUUUAUCGUAUUAGUGUACAUUAUGACAUUUGCUCAAGUUUCCUUAGAAUCCUUUUUGUGAGGUUUUCUUCUUGUUGUUUUCUUUAUUUCUUUCUUCUCCUUCUUCUUUAGUUAUUCAUAGAUGUGUGUGUGUGUACGUGCACAAAGUAUUGCGCCGUGGUGGAGACUUUCAUCUUGUGCCCGAAUGUUAACUUUCCAGUUUCCCCUCCACAUUUUGCCCCCCCCCCCCAUCCAUCCAUACGUCUCUUUCUAGCCACUAACUCUAACCCAACUGUAUGCCUAUAAGCACUAAAAU